UCCCAGCUAUUUAAACAGAUUCCAGCAGAUGGUGGAAGAACUCGGGUCCCAUCGUCAAAUGCGUCGCGGGUCCUGACGCCAACCGCCCCCCGCCCCGGACCAGGAGACCAGCAGAUCAGGAGACCAGGACCCUCCGCCUGGCGGUAUCCCGGCACCGCUCGAGCCUCCCGGAAGAGAAGUGGCAAGGGAAACUUUCUGGACCUGCCGGCAUCUUCGCAAACAUGCCGUCAGACUUCCUCACGCCCUUCCUGGAAGUGGACCUGGAGUUCUGCAAGACCUUUGCAGGCCCGGAGGUGACGGCGGCGGCGAGCCCGCGGCCCGCGCUCGGAGACGGCGGCUUCCGGCGCCGCCAUUCCCUCUGCCCCAUCGCGCUCCUCCACUCGAAUUUCAGCGAGGGUGAGGCCGAGUCCUCCUCCGAGUGGAAGCGGGAAGGCCGGCUCCCUCGCUCGCAACUCGGCCACAUUCCCUUCAGGACCGACCGCUCGGUCAGCAUGAUCGAGGGCGGGGUCGGCGCGGGCCAGGGGGAGCCGGCGCCCGCCCGGCUUCCGCCGGGACUCUGCGUGGGCAAGCGCAGCUGCGGCCCGCCCCCGAGCCCGCCCGGCCUCUCCGCGCGCUACAAGACGGAACUGUGCCGCACCUUCGAGGAGAGCGGCCUGUGCAAGUACGGCGCCAAGUGCCAGUUUGCGCACGGGCCGGAGGAGCUGCGAGGGCUGAGCCGCCACCCCAAGUACAAGACGGAGCCGUGCCGCACCUUCCACGCGGCCGGCUUCUGCCCGUACGGCGCCCGCUGCCACUUUGUCCACAACGCCGAGGAGCUCCUGCGGAGCGAGCCGCGGCCCCCCCCUCUGCGCCACAGCCUCAGCUUCGCCGGGUUCGCCGCCGCCCAGCGAUCCAAGGCGCCGUCGUCGCCGCCCUCGGCCCGGCCCUGGUCCGCGUCGCCCUCGGGGAGCCCGCGGCUCCUCUCGCCUCUCUUCCCGGAGCCGGGGCUUCUCCGUCCUCGUCCCUACCGUCCCCGCGCUGCCGCCGAGCUGGCCGGAGAAGGCGACAACGCCGACGACGACUCUGCGCUCGUUUUUUCUGCCGCGGCCGACUACAUGGACUCCCCUCCGGGUUUCUUUGCGAUGGCCGCGGAUGACGCCGACUCGGGUCUCGGCUUCAUCGCGGCCGACGACGGCCGGUCCGCCGCCGCCUCGGCUCUUUGUUUCCCGGGCGGCGGCACCCCACGCCCCGAUCUGGCCUCCGAACGCCGAGGCCCACCCGAGACCUCGGCCGCCCGCCCGGGGCCCCCCGGCCUCCGGCGCCGCUCCUCCGCCGACUCGCUCUCCGAGGAGGACUACGCCUCGUCCCGCUCCCUGGGCUCGGCUUCCGGCGGUGGCGAGUCGCCGGGCGCGGAGGGCCGCCGCCUGCCCAUCUUCAGCCGCCUGUCGGUGGCCGCCGACGAGAGCGGCCCGCGACUUUCUGCUCACGUGCUCCCCAAAGAGUUGUGUUGCCGUUGAGCUCCUUU